AUGAGCCAGGUCGUAGAAUUCUGGCGCUUACUAGCUUUGUGUCACACAGUAAUGCCAGAGCGGAAAGAUGGACGACUGGAGUAUCAAGCGCAGAGUCCCGAUGAGGCAGCGUUGACGUCGGCGGCACGAAAUUUCGGAUAUGUUUUUAAAUCGAGAACACCAAACACUAUAACAAUAGAAGUUAACGGAGUGGAAGAGAAAUACGACUUAUUAUGUAUUUUGGAUUUCAACAAUGUUCGGAAACGCAUGUCGGUAAUUGUCAAAAACAAGCAAGGGGAAAUUACUCUGUAUUGUAAGGGAGCUGAUACAAUAAUCAAAGAAAGGCAUGAGACUAAUACAUCAGGAGAAAUUGCAAAGAUUUCUAGAUUGUCACUUAAAACAUGCGAACUACUUUGGGACGCAACUGCCGCACAUCUCGAUCGUUUUGCAGGCGACGGUUUGAGAACCUUAUGUGUGGCUUACAAGGAAAUAGAUUCUGACUAUUUUGCUCUGUGGCAGAUGAAAUACAAAGAAGCUGCUGUGGCAAUUGAAAACAGGCAAAAAAAACUAGAUGCAGUUUACGAAGAAAUUGAGCAGAACAUGAUCUUGUUAGGAGCAACGGCAAUUGAAGACAAGUUGCAAGAUGGCGUGCCAGAAACAAUUGCAAAGUUGACAGAAGCCAACAUUAAAAUCUGGGUUUUGACUGGCGACAAACAAGAAACAGCAAUUAACAUUGGUUACUCAUGUCGUCUGCUCACUGAAACGUUGCGAGAAGUUUUUGUAAUCGAUGGAGAAAAAGAGGAAGAAGUUGAAGUUCAGCUAAAAGGUGUACGUCGACGAUUAGAUCAGACACUGGGGCAGGAUCCCGAGGGGAGUGAGGGAUUUGCUUUAAUCAUUAAUGGUCAUUCACUAGAUUACGCUUUAAAUGAAAGGUUGGAAAGAACUUUCCUCGAUGUCGGAUGUAUGUGCCAGGCAAGUUUUGAUUUAGUCGGUAAGAUUAAGGUUAGACUAAUAAAUCCCACUCAAGAUUUCGAUCAAACCUCGCUCAUCAUUCAUUACAUCAAAGCAGUAGUUUGUUGUCGCGUAACUCCGUUGCAAAAAGCGCGGGUGGUAGAUCUUGUCAAACGACACAAGAAAGCUGUUACACUAGCUGUUGGGGACGGGGCAAAUGAUGUCUCAAUGAUUAAAACAGCUCAUAUCGGGAUUGGCAUAUCUGGUCAAGAAGGAAUGCAAGCAGUUUUGGCUUCUGAUUUCAGCAUUGGACAAUUCCGAUAUCUUGAAAGACUGUUAUUGGUACAUGGCAAAUGGUCGUAUUUUAGAAUGACAAAAUUCUUAACAUAUUUCUUCUACAAAAACUUCUCCUUUACUUUAACGCACUUUUGGUAUUCAUUCUUCUGCGGCUACUCAGCUCAGGUACAUCAGACAAAUGCUGAUCAAUUUCAUCCUUAA